GUUUUUUUUACUAAAAAGUGAAGCGUAGAAUUUGAAAAAUAUAGUUCUUCAACCACCUUUUUCAACACUUACCCUUGACAUAAUCAACUGUCAGGUGGAAAAUAUACCAGCAACUUUACGAAAACUCACCCUAAUAGAGAGUCAAAAGGCGGCGCAAUGAGCACCAGCGAAGGUAUCAGUCUCCCGGGCAACCAGGACCCCACUCCGCCACGUGAAAAACAUAAACAAAAGCCCAAACGGGGCAGGAAAAAGUCCAAGGCGCCCAAACAAACUAGAUGUGCGGCGAACACGAUGGACGCGAAAACCACUGCCAGCUACUUCAGCGUGUGCAUCACGGGCCAAAUAGUCUCAGCCACCUUUCCACUGGGCCCGGACAAGGAGUUUGUUUUCCUGCGCUAUGAACUGGUGGCAGGACCUGAUUGGCAACUGGCCUCCGGACCCCAGCACGGACUCACCCAGUUGGCCACCAACCGAAGUGGCCACUUCAACGAACCGAUAGUCUUCAACAUGCCCAUCGAAGUGACCUACAAGAGCACCAGUCCCUUUGGCUGGCCACAAAUCCUGGUGAGCGUUUUUGGACGCAACGGCAGUCAGGGCCGGGAAACCCUACUUGGCUAUGCCCACGUGCAUUUACCUGUGUUUGGCAGCCGCCGUCCUGCCGAGAAUUUGGAGCUAGUGCAGACCCCCAUCCUCAUGCCAAAGUGUCCGAGCAUGCUGGCGGACAUAACCAGUUGGUUGCUGCGCCGGGAGCCGGAACUGAAAGAUCCCAAGGUGCUCCUGGACAACUUGAAGUGCAAGGGUCUGUCGAUGGAGUCCUACGGCAGCUUGGAGUUCCAGCUGACCACCGUGAUGAGGGGAGCCCGCAAGCUGGGCUACCACUGGCAUGCCUGAGGACGAGUUUCCCACUUAUGUGACAAUAAAACGUGAACUUGGAGAAGCGGGAAA